AUGAAUCUUCAAGCGGUCAUUUAUGACUCACUCAACCAGGGAAGGGCGAUUACGGUUUCCCUUCCGGGAUAUUCUUACGGGACUGUUGUGGACCAUUAUAAAAAACCGAACAUUAAGAAUUUCUUGGUUGAUAUUAAAAAACGACAACUGCAAACGACUCGAGAGAAAAAUAAUCCAGCAAGAGUAGAAGUGAUCGAAAACGAUGAAAAGGACCAACGACUAAAAACUUCCGAAUAUACAGUUGAUCCGUCAGAUCCUUCUGGAAGCGAUGUGAUUGAUGAUCAAGAGGUGAGGGAUGCGACCGAUGAUAAAGUAGAAGAGGCGAAGAAAAAAAAAACGGGACCAAUUAAAUUAAGCAAAGAAAAUAGAAAGGAGGUUGACGAAUGGAGGGAGCUGGAGCAUGAACAUGCUGUUCACUCAUUUAUCCUGGAUAUCGAUGACGAGUUGGUUGCAGAUUGUUUCACCGAGGCAGAACUUCGUGAGAUAGAGCUCACACCUAUCCCAGAAGUUCCCGAACUCUCAGAUGAA